CAAUAAACCAACUAUCCUUUUACACACCUACUAUAUUUUACUACCUUCCUAAAGAAUACAGCUUGACCCAAUAUGUCGUCUCGAAUGGGAAAUUUUUUCAACAGAUCACCUAAACAUUCACUGAAUAUGGACAUCUCGGAUGUGUCGCAAUCCAUGGAGAACAUUUCCUUGAACAGUAGUGCCAUGGAAGUAGACUCAUACAGAGAGUCUGCAUACCCUGCGGUGCCACAACUCAGACAAUAUGAAAACAACCGCAAUAAGGAAAAUAUAACUCCUACUAGUUCUCCCACCAAAUCAAUCUUACACAAUUCCCCCACACAUAAUAAUAACCUAUACACUGGGAAUAGUUAUAUUCCUAGAACUCCUAACCAGCCACCAAAGGCUCCACAAUACUUACAGCAACAGUACCAGCAACAUCCAGCACCUCCACCCCCACCCCCACAACUGAAAUUCGAUGAAGAGUUCUAUAGAAAGGCCAAUGAUCCGAAAACUAAAAGAUUAGCAUCAGUUGCUCAACUUUAUUUCUUAGAUUAUUAUUGUGAUAUGUUUGAUUAUGUCAUUAAUAGAAGGGAAAGAACUAAACUUGUUCAACAUGAAUUAUCAAGUGCUCAAUACAUCAAUGAUCCUCAAAGUCAACAAUUAGAAUGGAAAAGUUAUAUUGGUAGAGAGAGAGCUCUUCUUAGGAAAAGAAGAUUAAAGCCAAAACAUAAGGAUUUCCAAAUGAUUACUCAAGUUGGACAAGGUGGAUAUGGUCAGGUUUUCCUUGCUCGUAAGAAGGAUACAAGGGAAAUAUGUGCUCUUAAGAUAUUGAAUAAGAAAUUAUUGAUGAAAUUAGAUGAAACAAGACAUGUUUUAACUGAAAGAGAUAUUUUGACCAAUACUAGGCUGGAAUGGCUUGUUAGAUUAUUAUAUGCCUUCCAAGACCCAGAAAAGGUAUUUUUGGCGAUGGAAUUUGUCCCCGGUGGUGAUUUCAGAACUUUAUUAAAUAAUACUGGUUAUUUAAUUCCUCCUCAUGCAAGAUUUUAUAUUAGUGAAAUGUUUGCAGCAGUUAAUUCAUUACAUGAAUUAGGAUUUACUCAUAGAGAUUUAAAACCAGAAAAUUUCUUAAUUGAUUCAAAGGGACAUAUUAAACUUACAGAUUUCGGAUUAGCUGCUGGAACUGUAAGUAAUGAUAGAAUUGAAAGUAUGAGAAUUAAAUUACAAAAUUUAGAAGAUUUAGAUAAUUAUAAAGUUCCAUCAAUUUCAAUGGUGGAAAGACAAAAAAUUUUCCGUCAAUCACAACUUGGUGUUGGUGGACAUAGAAACCUUGCCAAUUCCAUUGUUGGACUGCCUGAUUAUAUGGCCUUGGAAGUGCUUGAAGGUAAGAAUUAUGAUUACACGAUUGAUUAUUGGUCGUUGGGAUGUAUGUUAUUUGAAGCCUUGUGUGGAUAUCCACCAUUUUCUGGAGGUAAACAAGAUGAAACAUAUCAUAAUUUGAAGAAUUGGAAAACUGCAUUAAGAAGACCUCAAACUAAAGAUGGGAGAUUUGUAUUUAGUGAUAGAACUUGGAAUUUGAUCACCAAAUUGAUUGCAUCACCAUCUUCUAGAUUGAGAAGCUUUAAACAAAUUCAAAACACUCCAUAUUUCAGCGACAUACACGAUUGGGAAAGAAUGAGAGAAAAGACUCCACCAUUUACACCUCAAUUGGAUAAUGAGGAAGAUGCUGGAUAUUUUGAUGAUUUUGAAGAUGAAGAAAGUAUGCAAAAGUACAAGGAUGUAUUUGCUAGACAAGAACACAAUGAACAACUUUUAGAAAAGGGAGGACAGAAAUUAGGUGGAGCUAAUAACUUUAUUGGAUUUACUUUCAAACAUAAGUUGAAUCCAAACAAUAAACUUCAAGGAGAGAUCAAUUUAUUGAACUUAGGAUCGAAUAGAUUGGAUCCAUUAGCGACUUUGUAUUAG